UCUCUAGAAAGGCUUCAGAGCUCUGUGGAAGAGGAAGCAAAAGUCGAUUCCUCACAAUCUCAGAUGAGCUCCGAUCGCUGCGUGAAACCCUAAUUCCCCAGGCGUCUCGUCUUCCCCCGAUAACCUCAUCGGGAAGUUGUUUUUCACCGUUGAAUAUGGACGGUAACAAAGACGACGCGUUGAAAUGCCUCAAAAUCGGCAAGGACGCGAUGGGAGCUGGGGAUCGAUCUCGCGCCUUGAAGUUCCUCGAGAAAGCUCGUCGCCUCGAUCCGUCUCUCCCGAUCGACGAUCUCCUCUCGGAUCUGAACAAUCAAUCGCCGUCGCCUGGAUCCACCGCGCCUAAGCCGUCUGUUCGCCAACGCGGAUCUUCCUCCUCAUCCUCAUCCUCCUCCUCCUCCUCCUCCGCGUCUUUCACUGAAGAGCAACGAGCGAUCGUGAGGGAGAUCAAGUCCAAGAAGGACUACUACGAGAUUCUCGGAUUGGCGAAAACCUCCUCAGUCGAAGACAUGAGGAAAGCGUAUCGCAAACUCUCUUUAAAAGUCCACCCCGAUAAGAACAAAGCUCCCGGAUCAGAAGAAGCGUUCAAGUCCGUCUCCAAGGCGUUCCAGUGCUUAUCCAACGACGACGCUAGGAGAAAGUACGACGUCAGCGGCUCCGACGAGCCUUCUUACCAAACGCGCAGGUCCGCGAGGAGAACACACCACAGCGGAUUCAACGGCUUCUACGACGACGAGUUCGACGCCGACGAGAUCUUCAGAAGCUUCUUCGGCGGAGGAGGGAUGGCACCCGCCGCGACUCAGUUCCGAUCUUUCAACUUCGGGGGAGGUAACAGAGCGGCUACUAAUCAAGGCUCGGAUACUACAGGGUUCAAUCCACGUGUCCUCCUCCAGUUGCUACCUGUGGUGUUCAUACUGCUGCUCAACUUUAUGCCGUCUCCUCAGCCGAUAUACUCGCUCUCUCCUUCGUACCAGUACGAGCACAAGUUCACCACGCAUAGAGGGGUUAAUUACUUUGUGAGGUCGGCUAAGUUCGAGCAGGAGUAUCCUAUAAACAGCCUCGAGAGGCAGAGGGUUGAGGCGCAGGUGGAGAGAGAUUACUUGACUAUACUGGGGCAGAAUUGUAGGUACGAGCUUCAGAGACAGCAGUGGGGGUAUGUUCGCGAGACGCCUCAUUGUGAUAUGAUGAGGAGGUUUGAUUCAGCUGCUGCUGCUGCGUAAACACAAUCCGAGUUAAGAAACUUGUGUGUUGGAUUCAUGCUGAGGUAUGUAGAUGUUACUUACUAACGUCUUGAGUAUUUUGUUGAUGCCUCUUAAGGUGAGUUUGAUUUCCAAAGUCGCAACCUUUUCAUAUACGUUGAUUACUGUUUCUUGGUGUUUAUUAUGAAACAUUAUUAUUAUGUGUGUAUUUGGAAUAAGACUUAUUUUUGCUCUGCC